AUGCCGUUCAAAGACACCCUCAACCAGCUCAAGGGCCAGCUGAAGGACCUGCAACAAGGAGGUCAAAAAAUGCUGUCCGAGUAUCAAUCCAAGCACCAAUCUCAACCUCACUCUCAAUCUCAACCGGGAUACCCCGGCGCAUCCCAAUACCAACACCAACACCAACCUCAAUAUCAGUAUCAACAUCAACAUCAGCCACCUCCGGUCCCACACGGCACGCACCCAGGCGCGCCAGGUCCAGGUGCGCCGGCCGUCUACUGGCAACCGAGCUUCGACCCGUCGACACCCGUGGGCGCGUCCUGGGAGCACAAACAGGGCAACAACAACGGCUGGGGCAACAACGAAAUCGAGCAAUACACCUCGGAGCCGACCAACUCGUUCCACACACCGGACCACAAACUCGUGCUGCGGGCCAUCAGCCAACCGAACCACCCCGACCCAGCGCGCAAAUACACGUCGGCGCGGCUCGUUUCGCGACAACGCCUGUCGCGCGCCCGAGGCAGUCUGGUCGCGACCCUGACUCUGCCCUGCGCGCUGGGGAUCUGGCCGGCGUUCUGGCUCUUGCCGUUCGAGCCCUUCACGUGGCCGACGGACGGCGAGGUCGACAUCGCCGAGACGUGGAACGGCGACGGGGUGAAUCACUCGUGUCUGCACUGGGGGUUUUAUACGCCGCAGGACACGGAUAAGCACCGUGUCGUCGCCACCCCCGUGCACGACAUGCAGCAGGGCCGGCCCGUCAGGUUCGAGUUCGCGUGGUGGCAGCAUGACCAAAACCAGGGUCGGAUGGUCUGGUGGAUCGACGGCCGGCCCGUGAUGAAGGCGCCCAUCCCAAGUGGGACGAGGCCCAUGGCGGAUUUUGUCGUGCUCUUGAACAUUGCCAUGGGCGGGAAUGUGUGUCAGGGGCAGAUGCCCCGGGAGGGCAGUUAUGAUAUGGUCGUGCAUGAGUUGAAGAUGUUCGACGAGCCCGAGAAUGGAGGCUGGCAAAAGUUUGAGAUGGACUGGGCAAGGGUGAGGGAAGGUGAUAGGAUUUGA